AUGCUCGCUCCGGGCUCUGGGAAUGUGAGUCUCAGAACUGUCAGUUCUAGUAGACCACAAUUAAUGCACACCCAGUCUCAACAGUCGAUCGCCGCCUCCGACGACUACUACUCCUUCUCAAGCCCUUCUUCAAGUGCAAGAUCCCGAGCCAGCGGCAGUCGACUCACCGUGGCGCGGUAUGCGACACCAAACUCUCAUCCUCCGUCUCGAACACCGUCUCCUAGCAUCUCUCGAACGAAUCUAGCCCCGCUGCCGGCUGGUGCACGAUCGGAGCAUUCUUUGAACAUCCCGAGCGAGAACAGGAAUUUUGUUACACCCCCUUCUCAAACAAUACGUGCAGUCGAAGAGGAAGACUCUGAGCCCAGCCCCAUGUCAGAUACCACGAGUCGCCGGGAACCCAGUGACAGCUAUGCGGGGCGGCCGCUUACUCCUGGGGUGGAUGACUCGCCAUACAUUCAUUUCGCCAUCAGCCAACUUACGCGUGACGAGGAAGUUGCUGGGCCCAGACGGCGAAGUUCGCUCGCUAGUAAUGACAGUCCUCUCGAACCACUGCUCUGGGAUGAAGGAUUGGGCUGCUUCAUUCGCUCUCCUGGUCAAUCGGCAACACCACCAGCACGGCCACCGCAACAAUCAUCCGACUCUAUUGGGAGGGCACCUCAAAGCUCGGUAGAUCCAGAAUCGUUUGUCGUCGUUGAACCCCCGCAUGACAGUCUAUUGUACCCGCCAUUGGACUAUGUGCCUACAGUCUUGCGGUCAUGGGCACUGGCUGCCAUAAUCAUCUGUUGCCUGCUAAUGAUUGCUGGAAUUAGCUUCUGCAAUGUAUGGUCGCGGCGGCAUGAUGGGCUCUGGGACUAUACUGGACUAGGCGGCUCGCAUUACUUUGUGAUGCAAUUCCUACCCCAAAUUUUGGGGAUGGUCAUCAUUAUCUGGACGUUUGUGAUCCAAGCGGCAGUGUAUAGAAUCAUGCCGUUUGCCAUCAUGGCUUCAGAGCGGCCGCUUGGUCAUGUCCUCCAGAGCCUGCCUAUCUUAUCACGGAACUUUCUGGUCCCGGACUUCUCCUACUUCCGGCAUGGCGAGGGAAUAGUUGGUUUCACUUUGUUCACCAUGUGGCUGUCGAACUUGAUAACCCUACCACUGUUGAGUUGCUUCUUCCAGGCUAAGUGGUACUUGAUCGACGGACAGGGAACAUGGCGGUGGGCAUCAGUUUCGGCGGUUGGUUGGACCCUCGUGGCCAUCUAUGCGUUGUCGACCAUUGGUCUGCUCCUGCUCAUGUUUCGUUUUGUACGCACAUGGUCGGGAUUGAUGUGGGACCCUGUGAGUCUGGCCGAUCUGAUUUCAAUUAUUCAGCGAUCGAACAUCUUGCACGACUUUGAACAAUCCGAGACAUUGCCAGAUGUAGGCGAAUCGCUCGACCCGCGGUUCUUGCGAUUGGGCUACUGGAAACUAUCAAACCGUGCGGAUAUAUUCUACGGAAUCGGCGAGGUAGAUGCACCAGUUCGGACACCAUCAUUGCACCGCAAGGAGAAGAAUCUUCAGAUGCAGUCACACGGCCUGUCAAGGGUAUCAUUUGACGUUGAGCAGCAUGGCCUCGCAGAGAAGGAAGAGUACUAUCAACAUUUGUAUUCGCCAGCGAUCCGUUAUCGCUGGAUCCCAUGGUUCCUUCGCGAUGGCUUUGUCGUUCUGUGGACGAUAAUAAUUUGCGCCUUGUUUAUUGCGUUCGUGUUGGUCAGCUUCAUCCACGAUGCGAUUAAAGACGGAUUUCCUCCGCGUUUGCCAACUCUGCCGUCUACUGGUGCAUUUUCCUCUUCCAACUUCUGCUAUAGUUUCGUUCCUGCCUUUAUUGGAAAUGUCCUCUUCCUGGCAUGGCAGCCAAUCGAUGUCUAUUUCCGUGCGCUGCAGCCGUUUGCAGCUCUAGCUUCUCCAACCGGUGCUCGAGCCGAGCAGAGUCUCUUGUUGUCUUACACGUCCUGCUUUCCCUUGCAGGUGACACUCGCCGCAUUUCUGAACAAGCACUAUAAGGUGGCCUGGAUCUCAUUCGUGAGUACGAUGUCCGCGGCGAUCCCUAUCUUGGCCGGAGGGAUGUUUAUCGCCCUGUACCACCCGUCUGAUGGGACGAUCUUGAUCUCUGCACUGAUGCCUGCGUUCUAUGCCAUCGUGGCUUUCUGUGCACUCUACAUGGUGUCUUUCCUGUGCAUAUGGCCCCGCCGCUGCCGCCGCUUGCCACAUGACAUUAGCACUUUGGCUGAUCAGAUGAGCUUUUUAUACCAAAGCCCAUUGCUUGCAGACAAGAUCCUGCGCGAGCCUAGGAGCAAGGCGGAUCUGGUCACCCGACUGGUCGUUGCCCCUCCUGGCGACCGAGAGCAUUCCAUGUACGGCUUUGGAAUUUAUGAGGAGGUCCCAAGGGCGUUGGUUUUGCCGACUGAUGAUACCGUGACUGCGAUGUUCUUCAAUUCGUACAUCUACUCGCCUCGAGAUCCGUUGAUCCUACGCGGGUUCAUGGACAUCUUGCCUGAUGUUUUCUGCUAUACUCAGCCUGGCUCUCAUUUACAUGUCGGCACUUUGGCCGUGUCGUACUUCUCUGUGGCUGCUUGGACGGGGAAUCGGUCUUUUCUGCAGACAGCGCAGCAGCUGUUUGUCAAGGCUAUCGCUAAGACGAGGGAAGCGUUACAGGGUGACAUUACUCACACUGUGGAUGAUGUUUUGAUGAGUAUCCUUCUCUUAUCUACUUAUGAGGAGUUCUGCGCUAUCAAAGAAAACAGACAUCCAAGGAGGACGCAUUUACGAGGUGCAGUCGCUCUCGUAAACAGCAAGCGGCCGGAGCAGCGAUCUUCGAUUAUAUCGCUGAUCUUAGAGAAUGCGGUCCAGGUCCAGCUGAUCAAAUCAUCCAAAGGCCUAGCCUAUCCCACCAUGCAGACGCCAAACCAAUGGCCCCUAUAUCCAGCAGCACCACAAUCGGCAUCAUCCCAGCUCCUAAUGAUCACCUCCGAGCUAGUCGGUCUCCGCCAAGCAUGGGAUAGAUUCAACGAAGAAGGCACAAACCAAGUCCAGGACAUCCACGACAUCCUCGCACGGGCUUACAGCUUAGAUGCGAAUCUCGAAGCCUGGAAAUACGCACUCCCUGAACACUGGAGGCCCCUCCCUGCUGUCCGAAUUCCUCAGUCUGUGCGGGAAGCGGGCAUGUACAAAAACCGCUGCGACUGCUACACCGACCUCUGGAUGGCCGGAACAUGGAACUUCUACCGGGAUUCCCGGAUUGUCGUGCAAAACAUCAUACUCCGCUGUCUGCAGAUUCUACCCGAUGGUGUAAUGUUGGAGCAAAUACAGGAGACUAUUAACCUGAUUGAGACACUCGCUCUUGACAUCUGCGCCACUGUACCAUACAUUCUCGGCAGCCAGACGAUGUCGGUUCAUUUUAGUCCGCAAAAGAUUGAGUAUCCGGAAGCCGACGGACGGCGAGUCACGACGCCUCAUUAUCCGACUGCUGCACUUGUGGGUGGAUGGAUGGUAUCGUCUCAUUUGUCGAACCUGGAAUUGCUGUGUUUGAGUGAGGAGAUGAAUACAUGGAUUCGGGCACAGAAGGAGCGCGUGCUGCAGAUAUAUACAUUUGGGGGAGAGGGGGAAACUCCCUCCUCGACACCCACCACUUCCGAACCUCCCUCGACCCCCCCCCCCCAAUCCACCCCCUCCACUCUCCAACGCUCCCCCUCCGACGAAUUCAACCCCCCCCUCCCGGCCCUCUGGACCCCCAAAACGAACCUCAAGCUCCUCCUCGGCGGGCUCGCCUUCUUCACAUUCAGCAUCUACAGCACGCGGCGGGCCAUGAACCGGAAAUUCCUCGCGAGCAUCCCACCAUACUACACGAGCAGCGUGUACCACAAGCCGAACGUCAGCGGCGGGGCGGAGGCAUUCGAGGCGCUGCAUCUGGCGACGAUGAACGUGCUGUCGUUCGGGAUGAUGGGCGCGGGGGGGCUUUUGUACGCGCUGGAUAUCAAUGGGGUGGAGGAUAUGAGGCGGUUCGUGAGGAAGGGGAUGGUCGAGGGGGAUGGGGCGUUGAUGCGCGGCGAGGAUAAGGAGUUGGAGAGGGAGGUGGAGGGGUGGGUUGAGAAGGUGCUUGGGGAGAAGUUUGGGAAGGAGUUGCAGAGGGAGAAGGAGAGGAGUGCGGCUGCUGCUGCUGCUGCUGCUGCGGAGAAGAAGGAGUGA